GAGACACUAUUAAAAGUUUCAAAAGAUGUUUAUAAAAAUUCUCUAAUAGGUAAGCUUCGUUGUAAGCAACUUCAGGUUCUAUCACACUCUCUAAAAAACAAUAAUCAAAUCAAUAAGCAGAGUGAACAGACUAUUAGCUUUGCUGUCAAAGCACUAAUAAACAGUAGUAAUAUGUUAUUCUACUGGUCGUAAUCUUUAUCUCAGCAUUUAAACAUAAACACUCUGUUUCUCUGCAUCCUGUAAAUUUACUUUUGCACUAACAAUAAAAAAAAAAAACAAUUUCGAUUCAACAUUGUUGAGGAAAUAAAACAAACAAAAAUAAAAUAAAAUGGUACGCAACAACAUUUUUUGGCGGUUCACGGCGGGGUGAAAAGGUGGGUUUCAACGGCGUUAAAAAAAGGCUCUUCUUCUGCGUCGCGUCGUCCCCGUCUCAAAUUUGCUCAGUGUGUUAGGUUAAAGCUUGGAUGAUUGAGACACUUUGACUUUCUCUUACAAUGAGUACACGAAGAAAUGGUAUUUCUAGACAUCAGCGGGUUGAAAACUCCCGUGGCGAAGGAGGGCCGAACUGGAUCCUAAUUGCAGGGGGAGCCUUGUUGAGCACAUUGUCUAUACGCUUUGGGUACAAGUUAAAGCAGUCUGUUGACUCUAAACCUCAUCCGGAUGCUACUGGUGGAUUAAAACCCAAUGGAACAUCUGACAGAGGAAGAUGCUGCUUGCAUUCUGGCUCAUCUUCUUGUGAAAGGAACAAGGAUUGUUGCUUCCACACCACUCCAGGAACUGAGAAUGUGGAGAGAGACCAUGCCAUUAACGAGCAAAUGGUGGCUCCCAGUGAUUCGCUGCCCCUUGUGACAGUUCCUGCUCCAUCAUACAUCAAAGAGAAUGGAGUCGGGUGGGCUGAACACAUGAAAUCAUACAAUCAUCAGUCGACAUGCUCAGAUUCUCCCUGUGUAUCUGAAUCAGGGUCAGACAUAUUCAGCAAGCGUGAAGUAAUCCAGAAACUGAGGCAACAGCUAAAGAGACGAGAUGACAUGAUACUUGAAAUGCAGGAACAGAUUAUAGAGCUACAAAACUCGUUGAACGCGCAGAUGUCACACUCUAGCCAUCUCCAAGCUCAGCUAGACGCAACAAACAGGGAUCUGUAUGAGUCAGAAAGAGAAGUUCAGAGACUGAGAAAGGCAAUCGCUGAUCACUGCGUGGGACAGGCAGGUAGCAACGGCUGGAACGGGGAAGCAAACGGGUUUAUGGACAGCGAAAGCAACUACGAGUCGCCGCAAAAGGGAUCAAAGGAUGGAGAGAGAGUAGAGAUGUUGAGGAAGGAAGUGGGUGAGCUUAAAGAGGUGAUAGAUGGGAAAGAGUAUCUACUUAGAAGCUAUAAGGAACAGAAGAUUGAGCUUUCAGAGAAGGUGAGAGAGCUGCAGCAGAGAUUGGACUCGCAGGUCCCAAACAUUUUGUAGGUUGGAAAGUUUAGGUAUUGUGCAUUCUUUACAAUCUUUUCUUCUCUCGGAGAAGCAACAAAAUUUGAAUCAUUGCUCUCUCUCUCUCUGGGGAAACAACCUCUCUUCUGAAUACAAUUUGUUUUGGUGUAUAAGCUUCAGCUUUGAAUGCCUUGAUGUCUCAUUUCUGAUUGAUCCUUUUGUUUUUUUUUUAAAUCAUCUCGGUGAAGUGAAUAUAUAAAAUGUGCAAGUUCUACA